GGUGCUCUACAAAUGGACUAAUCUAUGACACCUUAACAAUAAAAAUCAGUCUAUUUAUAGCUUAGUAGCACGUGAGCAUUUGGCAUAAUAACAGCUUACGCGCUUUAAUAGUUUGCGCGAGUUGUUAGUUUGCCGUCAUUUUCGUGUCGCUCACGAAAAUUAAUCUCAUCUGCAAUUUGAAAACACAACAUCAGUUUCAAUUCCAUAUCAAUUGGAGUGAUUAACAUGAUGGACGAUGAUUUCGGAUAUCAAAAUGUUUCUGACCUAGAAGAUCGUGGUGAUUUUAUUGAAUAUGAUGAGGGUUAUGAGCAUAGCAACGCCAAUAAUGAAAAAUCUUCAAAAAAUCAGUUAUCUUAUGAUCAACGAUUCAAAAUUAUUGAUAUUCAUAUACUAAAUUUAAUCAAUGCUCUAGGAGGAUUUGAUUACUAUUUAGCAAAUCAGGAUGCUCAAGUUACUCAAUACGAUAAUCAUAUUAACCAAUACUACAAAAUCGGUUCCAAUUGUUUCAUUGUUCUAAAGGACAUUAAAAAGUGGAUAAGAUUCGACAAUGAUUAUUCAAAUGAUUCCAUUGUUCCAAUUUCUUGUCACAAUCAUGGUUUAGUUCAAAAUGGAAUAUUAAAUAUUUUGAACCAAUUUAAUAAUCAGCUUAAUGACCCAGAUUCUCAUAAAAUAGGCCAAAAGAUUAAUGAUAAAAUCGCUAUAAUAUCUUUGGAAAUUCUAGUAAAUUUAACCUGGCCAAUAAAUUUAGCUAGUAUAAAUAAUGUGAAAAACUAUUUCACUCUAAAAAGGAUAUUAGUGUCCUAUAAAAGCUUAAUCUUAUCUUUCAACGACAAAAUCAAUGAACAUCAAAAUGGAAACCAAUUUAACAAUAAUACUGCUGAUCAAAGUAACUCCAUUCUUAAAUCCAUUUUGAAAAUUUCAUUACCCAUAAUCUCAACUCAAAAAUACAAAAGAUCUUUAAAAGAUUACCAAGUAUUGAAUUUGUCAAUUUUACUAAUUCGAAAUUUGCUAAUUAUUAAUCCAAUCUCAAUUAGUAAUAAGUUAAAUAACAAUAAGCUUGAUACCGAUAACAAUAAUGAUAUUUCCCUAAAUCACUUGAUUCUAACAUUUCAUCAAAAUAAAAUUUUCGAUUUUUUGUUAUUAAUUUUCAACUCUUUGAAAUUUGAUCUUGCAAAUAAAAAUAUCAUACUAAAUUCCUUAGAAAUUAUUUAUUAUUUAACAAAAGAUAUUGAUCCCAAAUAUUUGUUUGAUUUUAAUAAUAAUAAUGAUAAUAACAACAAUAAUAAUUCAAUUGAUAAUAGCGAAGCUAAUCAUGGUGAUAUAAAUAUUAAUACUAAUUUGCUUGGUUUAUUAAAUAGAGAAAAUUUUUUAGUUAAUAAUAUUAAGAAAAAUUCUUCUUCAAGACAUUCAAAAUUUGGCUCUCAAUUACAAAUUAGAUCCAAUAACUCUAACUUAACUGUAUUUGGGCAAAGUUUUUUGUUGAGGAAUAAAAAUUUACUCGAUUCCUUUAGUUUAAGCAAGAAAACUUCAAAAAAUAACUACUUGAAAAAUUCUAUCAAUAAAAAUGAAAACGACAAUUCAAAUGAUGGCUCAAUCAUUAAUAAUAAUCAGGAAAAUUUUAAUGAGAUGCUAAAUAAUAAGGGCAAUAAUAUAUCGAAUAACUUGACAAAAAAGGGAAAAGCCGUUUUCAAGAAUUUUGUCUCAAGCUUUGUUGAAAAUUCACUAAAUAGCUUUAUUUCAUCAGUCUUACCUUACAUUCAGGAAAUCACUUCAACAAAUUCUUAUAAUAAUAAUAAUGAUCCAGCACUCAAUUUUAUUAAAAUACAGUAUAAUUUAACAUGCUCGUGGUUUUUAGAAUUUGAAACCCACAGACAAUGGCUUGAUAAAAAUAAUAACAAUCACAAUGAUGACAAUAAUGAGGAUGUUGAUUUAGAAGCUAAUCAAUUUGGAUAUAUUGCAAAUUAUUUAAGUGAUCAAAAUCUUAAAACACUAAUAAAUAUUCUUCAAUCUAAUAUUGAUAAAAGAAAUAUAAAUUCAAUUUAUUCAUCAUUAAUAACAUUCAAUGGGAUAUUAGUUUUGAUUCAAAAAAUGGAUUUACUCAAUAAAACUACCGAUUCUAAUAAAAAUGAAAGAUCGUUCUUUUAUUUCACAAAAAUCAUUGAUAAUUGUCAAUUUCAUGAAAAAUUUUAUGAGGUUUUAAAAAUCGCUAGUACAAAGUCUUUUUCUUUUAUAUCAAUAACAUGUCAAAUCAUUGUUAAUUUGUUAUUAUUAUUUGAAAAAAACCCAAUUUAUUUAAAAAAACUUAAAAAAAAGAGAUCGAAAAUCAUUGAUGAUGAUGAGUUUGAUAAUGAAGAGAUUAAUAAUAGUGACAAAAAGCAGAAUUUUACGGUAUAUUCAUUAGAUUUUAACGACUUUAUUAACAAAAUUAUAAAUGAAAAAAUUGUGGGAUUAUUUAUCAAAUACUUUUCAAGGUUUGAAAUCUUAAACAGUGAGCAAUUGAUUAUAAUUGAGAAAUUUUUUUCAAUAAUAUUUUUUAAGAUCAGUAAUAAUGAAUUGUAUUAUAAAAGACUACUAUUUCGCUUAGAUUUAAUACAUGAAUUCUAUGAGUUUUUUAAUCAAAUAAAUGAGUUAAAUGUACAGAUUGAAGUUAAAAAUAAAUUCAAGUUAUUUUUCCAGUAUUAUAUGAAAGAAUUGAUUAAAAAUUUAAAACAAAGUCCCUCGCUUUAUGUUGAAUUAUUAUUUUCGAAUAUUAAUAAAGUUUCAAGUAUUUAUUAUCCUGAAUCAUUAGUAAAAAUAAGCAAUACAAACAGGGAUGUUUUUUCGAAAAAAAUUGUGAAACCGAUUGAAUUUAUUGAUAGCAAAAUGACUAAAGAUAACAAACUUGAAAUAUUAAUAAAGCUUUUAAAAGAAAGGGAAAGGUUGAAAAGUGAUGGAGUAACUGUUUGGUUGAUUAGACAGUUGGACGUUAUAAAUGAUGAUAAAUUUGAAAAAGAGUUUCCAAUUGUGGAAGAGAGUAAUACUAUUACAAAAAAUUUGAUUAAAAAUGCCUAUUUAAGACUAUUAAUUGAAAUCAUUGGGAUUCGAAUUAAUGAUAAAAAGAUUUUAGGCUUUAAUAAUGAUGAUGAUGGUGAACAAAAUAAAAAAUAUUUUGAAUUAAUAGUUGAUAAAAUGAUUUUUAAGGAAAGUUAUUACUUAGUGAAGAAAUAUUACAAUGAAGAAUACGCAAAUGAAGAGAAAAUUGAUUUAAAAGCCAUUUUCAAGAAAAUAAAUCGAUACAAUAAAAAUGACAAUUCUGAAAUUGAUAAAGAACUUUAUGAUCAAUAUUCUGCCGAUAAAGAUUUUAUUGUUAGUGAUAAAAGUGAAGAAGGGGAUUCUGAUUAUGAGGCAUUAGAAAGAAUGAAUAGAAGUGAUAAAAAGAGAAGAAAGAUGAAUAAUGAAAAAAAUAAUAAUAUAGCAAGAAGAAAGAGAAAAAAGAUAAUAAAAGAUAAUAAAAAAGAUAUUAAAAGUCAUUUUAAAUCAUUAGAAUUUAUUGAAGAUUCAGACGGGGAUUUAGAUAAAGAGGAAGAAUUUUUUGCAAUGGAAAGAGAAAUAAGAAGACAAAAUGGUAUUUUAUUUGCUAAUACAAUAAACAAAGAAAAAUCAGGAGAAGCAGAAACAUUUAUUGAACCAGAAGAAGAGAAAGAGAAAGAAAUUAAAGAAAUAAGUAAAGAAAAUAAAGAAAAUAAAGAAAAUCGAACAAAAUAUAAAAACCGGAGCAAUUAAAGAGGUAAUGAUUAAUGAAAGUUUUGAAGAAGAUUCAAAUAAGAAAGUUAAAAGAAGAGGUAGGCGAGUUAUUG